UUUCGUUUUCUUUCUUUUUUCAAUGCCUUCUAGCUGUGGCGGCGGCUGCUAUUUUUAAUACCUCUGAGGCAAUUUUUAGCAGUGCAUAGAAAAUCAUCAAAUCUGCACAAGUUAGCGCCAAACUUGCUAUAGAACACUAUCUUUUCAAAUGCAGUUCAGUUUGUGUGUUUUUUGGUUCGUGAUAUGACGCGUUCGGUAAUCAUAAGCAGGCGCAUCGAUUUCAUGUGUUUCAAAGACGGAAGAAUUCAAACAAAAGUGCAGCUAAAUUAAGUGUUAAAAAUGUCGUAUAAACGAGUACAUAUAAAUAAUAAGUUCUAUAUAGUACAUAUAUUGAAUCCAUAUGAAAAUUCAUGAUAAAUAAUACUUACAAGCAACUCUGGUUUGAGCACAAAGUGAAUGACACCCGCUUUAGAAUAAGAAGAAGCAUUGACUUAUGGCGACUUAUAAAUCAAAAUAAAUUGGUACAAACAUUCCACGUAAAAAUAAAGGACUUGUUUAGCGAUAUAAAUAUUCUUCUGUGUAAAUCGGUUAUAUUUUAAUUCACUUGCGGUGUACUCAAGUCCCUAAAGCAGUCUCAAAGAAAAAAUGUCAGCAGAUCAAAUACAGUACUCAGAGAAAUACUUCGAUGCCAUUUACGAAUACAGACAUGUCAUACUGCCGCCAGAGUUGACCAAGCUGGUACCGAAAUGCCAUUUAAUGAGUGAGACUGAGUGGCGUAACUUAGGCGUACAACAGAGCCCUGGUUGGGUGCACUAUAUGAUACAUGCGCCGGAGCCGCAUGUGAUCUUAUUCCGACGGCCACGAACAGAUAUUCCGGAAACUGCUAACAACACAAACAGUAAUUCCAACAGUUCCAUGACGGUUAAUAGUAGAGCUGAACAGUCUGCUACACAGUCAAAUCAAAUGAACGCCAACAAUGAUGUAUCUGUACAUGGAUGAGAAGGAGAUUUAUUGAGCAGCCAAAUAGCACCCAAGACACCUCGUUUAAAACAAUAACUGUAUGUUUUUUUUUUUUUUGGUUUCUUUGUAAAAAAGAAAUCUUAUGUGAAAAUGGAAACCCUCCAUUAAAAAGCAUGAAUUACUCAGCGUUAAAAAUCAAAGAAUUAGCUUUAGUUUAACACUUAUCUGAUGACAAACUGGCACACCGAUAUUGUUACAGAUAAAUGAUAAAUAUAUACAUACACAUAUAUAAUAUGGAAGAAGCAAACUUGAAGAAGUUUGUGUUACUGUUAAGGACUUUUUUAUCGCAAUGAAAUUAAAUGUUUGCUUUCUUUGCAAAGCACAAAGUUGA